AGUGCCACAGCGAAACCCAAAAUCAUUAUUAUCAAAAAGCCCAACUAAACUUACAUUGGGUUCAGCCUUACUUCCUUUGGUAAAAUUGUUAAGUUUCCUUAUCGAGCUAUGAUAAAAGCGUUGUCUCAUAUCUGUAGUUAGCAUUAUUUAUUGAUCAUGUUUCUAAUUAUUUUCUGACUGUUGAAAAGUGGAAAUCGGUGUCGACUGAACAAACUACUGACAACUAAAACAAAAUUGAAACAUUGUUAAUUAUUAAUUGUUUUGAUUUGUUUGACUCACUAACUAACUCUCUAUAAUUUGACACAAACAAACUUCAAAUUCUGACUACACUGAUAAUACAAAUAAUAUUGAAAUUGUGAUACAUUGCCUAAAAUUCAAAAUACAAACGACUAACUUAGUGGUGACUCACUUUUACUGUUUAGUUAUCAGCUACCCAUACUCAUACUGUCAUACUACUCAUACUCAUACCAGUUCCAGUGAUUCAGUGAUGUAAACAUAGGCCUACUUACUAUAAACUUAUUUUAAGUUUAAGAUGAAGGGGUCAAAGAUAAAAAAAAAUAUAAGUAUAUGAUCGAUUAUUUUAUUAGUAUUAGCGGUCAUGUGGCAAGGCUGAUGGACAAAUAUCUUGUGCAUAAUAAUAAUAAUAUCUCAAACAACUUGGUCAUGUGAUGCACGAAUAUCUCGAAAACUUAUUUGUCUGGUCGCCGCACAUGUAGACACUUCGUAUUAUAUAUUGUCACAUCAUUCAUCUUUUACUACCUUUACUAUUGAAUAAUAUUAGUAUUAGUAGUAUUAGUAUUAGUAUUACUAAGGAAAUGUGACAGUCUAAGACUAAGACACAAAAUUAUUUGAGAUCAUUGAUUGAGAUAGGCCCUAUUAAGAAAAUCAAAAUUCCUUUAUAAUUCAGUAUUGACAGUAGGCAGUAGUAGGCCAUAUUUAUUGUGAUGUGACUUUGUAGCUUAUUUUACUAUUAUUAUAUUUAUUUUAUAAAUAUAGACAUAGCCCUAUAAAUAAGAGCCUAGGCAUAGAAGCUGUAGUAUUAUACAGUAUAAGUAUAUGUCUAUAAAAUUUCAUAUUUUUACUUUAGCUAAGAGGCCUAAAUUAUAACUACUGUGCUGUGCAUCAAUUACAAGAAUUCAUCAGUCAUAAGAAAAAAGAGAGACUUAAAGACUUAAGCUAAAAAAUAUUCAAAAAUUCAUUUUAAAAAUUGAACGAUCUCCUAAAUUAUAUUACCAAGCUCUUUUAGCUGCGGACAUGCCUAUCUCUAUCAGAAAGUUUAAAAGGAGCAUGUGUAAAAUAAUUUUGUGUGUUAAGUCACUGAACAUUUUGCACAUCCCUCCAUGCCUACUGUUACAUAGUCCUCACUGCGUUACCAUACAUUUUAGCCACAUUUAUUAUUUUAUUAAUUUCAACACUUACCAACCAGCGUGUGAUUGGAUAUGUAAAAAAAAAUUGUUUAAGAGCCAUUUUAUCACAUAAACUAUUGUAAAUUUUAAAAAAUCCAUUACAAGACAUAAUUUUAACUCUUAUAUUUAUUUUAAAAUGAUUUAUUACCAUAACUUUUAAAAAAAUGAUUUAAAUCGGAUGAAUAAAAAAUCAUGAUUUAAAUAGGAAAAAUUGUUUAUAAUUGUUAUUUAUAUAUCUAAUCUAUUUAUGUUUAAAGGCACUUGCUUAAAAGAACGUCUGUUGUAAUGUAUUAUUAGUCACACAAUUAUCUCUUAAUAUUUAAUGAUUGCAAAUUUUAUAAUAAUAAAUGUGAUUUUUAUUUAAUUUAACUUUUCAGUUUUUAGACAUUAGAAGUAGAUUGGGGUUGAGAAAAAUGGAGAAAAAAAAUUGUUUUGUAUUCAAAUUAUUUAAUUAGUUGGCUUUUGUCGCAUAUAAUGACAUUGACAAUUAAAAUAUUACAAUACUGGUAUUGAUAACUUGAAAGUGUGAAGCUGAAAUGAAAUUCUUAUUCAUUUAAAUUAGAGCUAUAACAUUGAGAGCAUACUAUUGCUUUCAAUGAUCAUAAGUUUUAAGACAAGCAGGGCUGGAAGUUAAAAACCAAAAAACAAAAUACAUGACUAUGAUAAGCCAAGAACAGACAGAUGAAGCCAUUAAAACUAGAAACCACACAGGGCAUACUUCAUUAGUCAGAAAAUUAAAAACAUUACAAGAAAAACAAAGAAAAUUAUUUAUAAAACUGUAAUUAGACCAGUUGUAACAUACCCAAGUGAAACUUGGACCCUAACAAAAACAGCAUAAACCCUAUUAAACAUAUGGAAGAGAAAAAUUUCUUCAGAAAACAUAUGGACCAACAAAGGAUGAACAUGGAUGAAGAAUAUGAAACAAACCAGGAACUGUACAAUCUAUAUCAGGAUCCUACGCUAGUAGCAGAAAUAAAAAAGGGUAGGCUUUGCUGGGCAGGACACUUAGAAAGAAUCUCAAAUGACAGAGGAGCGAAGAGGGUACAUCACCAAAACACCAGGGGAAAACGGGUUAAAGGCAGACCUAGGCUUAGAUGGAUGGAUGAUGUGGCAAACGAUCUAUAGCAGCUGGCAAUCCAAGCAUAGAAAAGAAAAGCAUUAGUUAAGUCUGAGUGGAAGGAAGUAGUGAGGCAGGCCAAAGCCCUACAUGGGCUGAAGUGCCACACGGAUGGAUGGAUGUAAAUCAAUAAGUUUAAGUCUAAGAAACUGGUUUAAAUAAUAUUAAAGUCAUUAUGUUUAAUCUGUAUUAAAAUUAAUAUACUUAAAAUCUAAAGAAAUCUGUUUUUAAAAAUAAGAAGACAAAAAGUAUUUUAAUUUAGAAAAUCUAAUUUAAAAGUUUUAUUUAAGUACCAUCAACGUCAUUAUGUUUGGUCUUUAUAAACAUUAAUAUACUUUAAAAUCUAAAGUAAUUCUUUUUUUUUUUUAAAUGACGUAAUUUUAGGGAAGAAAAAAAAUCUGAUUUAAAUUUUUUUUCAAUUUAUUUGAAUCCAACAAUUUAUUUAAAUACUGUAAAGUAAUCUACAUAAACAUUACUAUGCUUCAAAAUAUAAACAAAUCCUUUUUUAAAAAAGGAAGAGAAAAAAAAUAAUAAAAUCCCAUUUAAAUCAAAUCACUCCAAUUUAAAUGAAAUAAAUCCAAUUUAAAUCAAAUUACCGGUAAUACGAUUUUAAAAAAAAUAAAAUGAUGGCAUUUAUCAACCCUGCUUCCUAUAUUUAUUCUACUGAUUAAUGAGCUUUUUCAGGGGAUGUAGACUGAAAUGUAAUAAUAAUUACUGGUACUAAAAUCAUUUGAUAUGACUGAGAAUAAAUCUUUUUUUCCUAGAUCAAUCUUUAUAGUUUAUAGACUCAAUUUCAAGGCCAUCUCAUCAUUUUUAUUAUUUUAACUUUUUGCUUUGUUUCUCACAUUAUCAAACAUAUCCUUGAGUAAUCCAACAGUAUUCAACAUGUCAUUUAAUUUUCAACUUCCAUAUUCAUGCCGUGAAUAUUAGACUGACGAUAUUUUGUUGUUGAUUCAUUUGUCAGGGCGAGGAAGGGGAUGGUAAAGCCACUUGUUUUAGAUCCGGCUGGCCGCCAUACAUGUUUAUGAGGACACAUACAAGAACACUUCAUCAUCAGAGGCAAAUAUGUCAGAAGUAGAAAAAAUCAGAAAUAUAACACCAGAAACUGUUGAGCUGGCAGAGCAGUCAGAGCCUUUGAUGCCAGUAAAUGUGGCUCAGAAUCAUAGGAAAACAUCUCUUGUUCGCCAAGACAGAAUUGAGGAGGCUGAAGUUGAAUUCAUCACUUCUCCAGUUGCAGCUUCUCCAUCGUCCACCAUCUCUUCAAAACAAUCGCAACCUGUUGCGGGAUAUUCUGGGGCAGGUGCCUCUCCGAGUCAUACCGGUGAGCGCUUAGCUGGAGCCCCCCCGAACCGUACAAGUGAGAUUUUAGCUGACGCCUCUCCAACCCGUGCUGGUGAGCUUUUAGCUGGAGGGAUUCCGAAGAAUAGAAAGCGACCUGGAUCAACCAGUGACGGUCAGCGUAUAACUAUGAUUGGAACUGUUACUAGAGGAAAUAGUGUAGGGCAACCUGUUGAGGUAUGGUAUGACUAAACAAUGUUUUUUUUUUUUUUAUUUAUAUAUAAAUCACUGAUUACAUUACAAACAAUAUUUGUUAAAAUUUUUUUAAAGCCGUUUAUUCAUAUAUCUGAUGCAUAUCUUUUAUCAACUUAGAAAAACUUAUAGUAUGGGUGGCCCAUAUUAUAACUUAUAUUACUUAUAAGUUAUUUUAAAGCAUUCCAAAUUAAAAAAAAAUUUUUUUACAUUACAAACCGAAUAGAAAAACUCAGAAGAUUGGAGAAUUAGAUUGCUCUAACUAUUAAAGAAUGAGUUUGAACACUGUAUCCACAGAAAGUGAAACUGUUGGAAGCCAGGUUGAAAGUUUUCAAUUUCAGUUUGUUCCAUCAAAUUAAGAUGAUUAAAACUGAUUUUUUUUCCCUUAUUGCUUUGUAAAUAACAUAAAGAUAUUGUUCGUUUUGAUCUAUCUUCGUUUCUUCUUUCCUUUAGGUGCAACUUGAACUGACAGAGAAUGAAUAUCUCCGGCUGACUUCUAGGAAGUCUGAGGUGAAAGAGAAAACGAAACGGGAAUGCAGCCAGAGGGAAGGAUUUCACAUCGUCCUGUGGAGUGUUGCCUGCAUACCUCUGGCGCUGAUCAUGUCUCUGUGCAUCUCAUUCUACAACGGAGCCAUGACCUGGUACAAUCUAAUCAUCUAUUUCAGUGAAGAGAAAUCAUUUUUAUACCGCCUUACACUGUGUCCGCUGAUUAUAUUGUCUUUUCCCAUUUCUGUGGGUCUCUCCUCCUUUUUGAUUGCUCUGGUGGCCUCUUUUAUGCAGAUUUCCUGGUCAUGGCUCAGAUGGCGUGCCGAGAUCUCAGACGGUGAGAAGGGAUUUUACGGCUGGUUGUGCAGUAAAGUUGGACUGCCGAAAUGCUCGCCGUAUGAAGUUGUCAUUUUAGAUGAAACGAAUGCUUAG